AUGAGCUUGGCUCAUGACAGUGGGGACACAACGGAAGUGAACGUGUCUCUCAGCGGCAUUUUGCCUCAGUUGGCGAUCGUUUCUCCGGACGUUGUCAUGGAAGAAUACAUGAACGGAGAGAGACCCCAUUGCGGUACGUCUCAUGCCAGGAACUCUAUCCUGUCCGCCGACAGGCAAUGCGACCUACAAGGCCCCCGGCCGCCCGGCUUGCCUGUCCCCGACCAUGGCAUGCAGGAGCGCCCUGCGAACCCCUCCCCACCGGGAACACCUCCCAAGCUCAGGCGGAAGCGUUGCCUAGACUGCCAUCACGCGGAGGGUCCACGCACCCUUCGCCAGAGACGGCUCGACUAUCUACGGGACAUGUGUCAUAUAGCGAAUCCCUCGGGCGGCGUGCCUGAACUACCUCCGCUUCUGCGUCUUGACUCAUCCCCUCAAAGAUGUGACUGGACCAUCGACUGCGGCACUAUCGGAGCUUGGCGCAAGUGCCCGAUACGACAGCUAGCAACUUACGCACAGCACUAUUGUGGCUCUUCGUUCUGGUUGGCUGCAAAGCGCGAUGAUCUAUACAGGGUUUUGCAAGAACGUGAAGCCAAGAAGCGCGGAUACGAUGUUGCGCUAUACACCACUCCGAUGUACCCUGACCAGACUGAGAUGAUCGUGGUAGAGGAUGCGGACCUCAUGACUUACUAG